AGAUUUUUUCCCAAGUAUGUCUAUAGUGUCUAUAAUUCUAACCUUGUUUUUUUUUUUUUUUUUAAAAAAAAACCCAAAUCUCAUCAGGAGGUGGUGGCACAGACCUUUAAUCCCAGCACUCAGGAGCCAGAGGCAGGUUGAUCUCUGAGUUUGAGCCAGCCUGGUCUACAGAGCAAGUUCCAAAAUGACCAGAGCUACACAGAGAAACCCUGUUUCGGGAGUGAGGAUUGGGAUAACAAACCAAAAAGCCUAAAGGUCUCCUGCGGUCUUUUUGCCAUCCAUUAUCUCCCCACCCCUUCCUGGUUUUACCCUUAUAACCUCUGAAAAGUUCCAGAGUUCCAAACGGCACACAAUUGCAGAAACUAUCCAUAGCUGGCAGCACCACACCUCGGCUAGAGCAAGAGGCAAGUCAUAGUCACCUGGUUUCAGAUGGUCCUAAGCAGCCCCACAUCCCCACACCUGGGAUUAAAACAUAAUUCCAAUAAAUCCAAAAUUCUCACUACAGUCUCUCCCAAGACUCAAGACAAAUUCAUAAUUGUGAGCCCUUUAAAAAAGCUAAUUACUUAUUUCUAAUGCACAGUGACACAGAAUAAACCUAUUUCAAAAGAGAAAUGGAGGCAAAUAUUAAGUAAGCCCUGGCAUUUGGGAACUUGAUAACAAUAUUGUGCUCCCAUGGGCCCACAUCUCCUCUCACCAUGGCUUUCUCUUUGGACGUGGUCUAUUUCUUGGGCUGGCUUCAUUCACUGACUGCCACCUUCUUGACCUGUGUUCCAUACUCCAACAUUCUGGAAUUCCCAUUGUAUUUUAGGCUUCUACCACAACGAUUUCUUGCACUGUUCUUUCCGAGGCUGCUUGCAAGAACUUUAGCAUAGUUACACAUUACCUAGUAUUCUGCGCUUUCCUUUUAAAAUCCUAUAACUUGAAUUUUGAAUACUGCAAAGUUCUCUACAAGCUCAACUCCUAGCUGGGCCAUCUGUACAUAGCUACACCACUUUGGCCUGUUAGUUACUUCCAUUGUACAGGACAUUCCUGGGGACUUCCCCUUUCACAUUGGCCCAGAAGGAAGCUGAGUCUGCCAGUGAGCUCCUGAAGAAGUGCUUUGCAGGGGCCACAUAUCGAUGCUUUCAUGAAGAGGGGUGAAAAGCCAGAAGGGUACAGACAGAUGAGGCCUAAGACCUUUCCUGCCAGCAACUACUCUGGCAGCAGCCGACAAAUGCUGCAGGAGAUCCGAGAAUCCCUUAGGAAUUUAUCAAAGCCAUCUGAUGCCGCAAAGGCCGAGCAUAACCUGAACAAGAUGUCGACCGAAGAUCCCAGGCAGGUGAGAAAUCCGCCCAAAUUUGGCACACAUCAUAAAGCCUUGCAAGAAAUUCGAAACUCUCUACUACCUUUCGCAAACGAGACGAGUUCUUCCCGGAUCCCUUCAGAAGUUAAUCCACAGAUGUUUCAGGAUUUGCAGGCUGCUGGCUUUGAUGAGGAUAUGGUUAUUCAAGCUCUUCAGAAAACCAAUAACAGAAGCAUAGAAGCAGCUGUUGAAUUCAUUAGUAAAAUGAGUUAUCAGGAUCCUCGUCGAGAGCAGAUGGCUGCAGCAGCUGCCAGACCUAUCAAUGCCACCAUGAAACCAGGAAAUGUGCAACAUUCAAUUAGCCGAAAACAAAGCUGGAAAGGUUCUAAAGAGUCUUUAGUUCCUCAGAGACACGGUCCAUCUCUAGGAGAAAAUGUGGUUUAUCGAUCUGAAAGUCCCAACUCACAGGCGGAUGUAGGAAGACCUCUGUCUGGAUCCGGCAUUACGGCAUUUGCUCAAGCUCACCCAAGCAAUGGACAGAGAGUGAACCCACCACCACCACCUCAAGUUAGGAGUGUUACUCCUCCACCACCUCCACGAGGGCAGACCCCACCUCCACGAGGCACAACUCCCCCUCCCCCCUCGUGGGAGCCUAACUCUCAGACAAAGCGCUACUCUGGGAACAUGGAAUAUGUAAUCUCCCGAAUCUCUCCUGUUCCACCUGGGGCGUGGCAGGAGGGCUACCCUCCACCACCUCUUAACACUUCCCCCAUGAAUCCCCCCAACCAGGGACAGAGAGGCAUCAGUUCUGUUCCAGUUGGCAGGCAACCAAUCAUCAUGCAAAGUACUAGCAAAUUUAACUUUACACCAGGGAGACCUGGAGUUCAGAAUGGUGGUGGUCAGACUGAUUUUAUCAUGCACCAAAAUGUUGUCCCCACUGGUGCUGUGAAUCGGCAACCACCACCACCAUAUCCUCUGACCCCAGCUAAUGGACAAAGCCCUUCUGCUUUGCAAGCAGGCGGUCCUGCUGCUCCACCAUCAUUCUCCAAUGGAAAUGUUCCUCCAACGAUGAUGGUGCCGAACAGGAACAGUCAUAACAUGGAGCUGUAUAAUAUCAAUGUCCCUGGACUGCAAACAACUUGGCCCCAGUCGUCUUCUGCCCCUGUGCAAUCAUCUCCAAGCAGUGGGCAUGAAAUUCCUACGUGGCAACCUAACAUACCAGUGAGGUCAAAUUCUUUUAAUAACCCACUAGGAAGUAGAGCAAGUCACUCUGCUAAUUCUCAGCCUUCCGCCACGACAGUUACUGCCAUCACACCAGCUCCUAUUCAGCAGCCCGUGAAAAGCAUGCGCGUUCUGAAACCAGAGCUGCAGACUGCCUUAGCCCCAACCCAUCCUUCUUGGAUGCCACAGCCAGUUCAGACCGUUCAGCCUAGCCCUUUUUCUGAGGGUGCAGCUUCAAACGUGCCAGUCAUCCCACCUGUGGCGGAAGCUCCAAGCUAUCAGGGCCCACCACCACCUUAUCCAAAACAUCUGCUACACCAAACCCCAUCUGUUCCUCCAUAUGAGUCAGCGAGUAAACCCUGCAAAGACGAUCAGCCUAGCUCAGCCAAGGAAGAGGAUAGUGAAAAGAGUUUGGACAGUGUUGACUCUGGGGAUAAAGAGAAGAAACAGAUUACAACUUCACCUAUCACUGUUCGGAAAAACAAGAAAGACGAAGAGCGAAGAGAGUCUCGCAUUCAGAGUUACUCCCCGCAGGCCUUUAAAUUCUUCAUGGAGCAACACGUAGAGAACGUCCUGAAGUCUCAUCAGCAGCGUCUGCAUCGCAAGAAGCAACUAGAGAAUGAAAUGAUGCGGGUUGGAUUAUCUCAAGAUGCCCAGGAUCAAAUGAGAAAGAUGCUUUGCCAGAAAGAGUCUAACUAUAUUCGUCUUAAAAGGGCUAAAAUGGACAAGUCUAUGUUUGUAAAGAUAAAGACAUUAGGAAUAGGAGCAUUUGGUGAAGUCUGUCUAGCAAGAAAAGUCGAUACGAAAGCUUUGUAUGCAACAAAAACUCUACGAAAGAAAGACGUUCUGCUCCGAAAUCAGGUGGCUCAUGUGAAAGCUGAGCGAGAUAUCCUAGCAGAAGCUGACAACGAGUGGGUGGUCCGCUUGUACUACUCAUUCCAGGACAAGGACAACUUGUACUUUGUGAUGGACUACAUUCCUGGGGGUGAUAUGAUGAGCCUGUUAAUUAGAAUGGGCAUCUUUCCCGAAAACCUGGCACGAUUCUACAUAGCAGAACUUACCUGUGCAGUUGAAAGUGUUCAUAAAAUGGGUUUUAUUCAUAGAGACAUUAAACCUGAUAACAUUUUGAUUGACCGAGAUGGACAUAUUAAAUUGACUGACUUUGGCUUGUGCACUGGCUUCAGAUGGACACAUGACUCCAAGUACUACCAGAGUGGGGAUCACCCACGGCAAGAUAGCAUGGAUUUCAGUAGCGAAUGGGGAGAUCCUUCCAACUGUCGGUGUGGGGACAGACUGAAGCCACUAGAGCGGAGAGCUGCUCGCCAGCACCAGCGAUGUCUAGCUCACUCUCUGGUUGGGACUCCCAACUAUAUAGCACCUGAAGUGCUACUACGGACAGGAUAUACACAGCUGUGUGAUUGGUGGAGUGUUGGUGUUAUUCUUUUUGAAAUGUUGGUGGGACAACCUCCUUUCUUGGCACAAACACCAUUAGAAACCCAAAUGAAGGUUAUCAACUGGCAAACUUCUCUUCACAUCCCACCUCAAGCCAAGCUCAGUCCUGAAGCCUCUGACCUCAUUAUCAAACUUUGCCGAGGACCAGAAGACCGUCUAGGCAAGAACGGUGCUGAUGAAAUAAAGGCUCAUCCAUUUUUUAAGACCAUUGAUUUCUCUAGUGAUCUGAGACAGCAGUCUGCUUCAUACAUCCCCAAAAUCACGCACCCAACAGACACGUCCAAUUUUGACCCUGUUGACCCUGAUAAGUUGUGGAGCGAUGGUAACGAGGAAGAAAAUAUCAACGACACUCUGAACGGAUGGUAUAAAAACGGAAAGCACCCUGAGCAUGCUUUCUAUGAGUUUACCUUUCGGAGGUUCUUUGAUGACAAUGGCUACCCAUAUAAUUAUCCAAAGCCCAUCGAAUAUGAAUACGUUAGUUCCCAGGGCUCAGAGCAGCAGUCCGAUGAAGACGAUCAACACACAGGCUCAGAUGUAAACAACCGUGAUCUAGUGUAUGUUUAAUAAACUGGGAGAUAAUUGUAAAAAUUUGCAGAAAGGCCUGAAAUGCAGGGGUUUUUGAGGUUUUGAGAAGAUUAUGCAAAUGUGACAGAGUUUGUGUGCUCUGUGUACAAUAUUUUAUUUUCCUAAGUUAUGGGAAAUUGUUUUAAAAUGUUAAUUUAUUCCACCCUUUUAAUUCAGUAAUUUAGAAUAAAUUGUUAUAAGGAAAGUAAAUUAUGAACUGAGUAUUGUAGUCAGUUCUUGGUACUUAAAGUACUUAAAAAAUAGUGCUCUGUUUAAAAAGAGAAGCCUGGUAUGUUUUGUAUAUAUGUUCAAGAGUUUUUGAAGAUUUUUGAAAGACAGUUUUAUCUUGCUUUAACCAAAUAUGAAACAUAUCCGUAUUUCCCUUGUAACUUUGGUUUUAGUUCACACUGAGCUAAAGAAAUCAAGCCAUCAUUUUAGAAGCUGUUCCUAGAGUAAUUCUAAUCUGGAAGUCGUGUCCUGGAAUCACAAAUACAGAGCAAAAACAGCAUGUUCACUAGAAAUAAUGCAGUCUGCCCCUUCCCUCCUCAGAAAUCUUUAACCUAGCAUUUUUCUUUCAAAUACCGGCUUUAAAAGAAGCCAGAGCACUACUAGUUUUGUUUCUUUAUUGGUUUUAAUGCUGCUUUUGAGUUUUUGUUUUAUUUUUUGAGUUUUUGUUUUUGGUUUGUUUUGGUUUUGGUUUUUGGUUUUGAGACAGGGUUUCUCUUUGUAGCUCUGGCUAUCCUGGAACUCGCUUUGCGACCAGGCCAGCCUCAAACUCAUAGAGAUCCACCUGCCUCUACCUCCCAUUUGCUGGGAUUUAAGGUGUGUGCCACCACCCACCACCCACCACCCAACUGUUUCCAGUUUUAAAAGGGAACAAAGUUGCCAUAAAUUGAAUUUUCAAACUGAAAAACUAAGGUCUGUAAUAUUUGUAUCUUAAAAUUUGAAGAAAAAUCUCCAUCCCCUAAGCAAAGAAAUUAUUUUCAGUUUGUAAAAUUGUUAUUAGAAUUUUUGUGUAUGUACUCACUAAGAAAGUACAUUUUCCAGGGGCUGGGGGUGUGGCUCAGAGGGAGAGCACUUGCCUAACACACACAGAGCCCUGGGUUCAGGCCCAGCCCCUGCCACAUACGGGUGCCUUUGUGGUACAGUGACCAACCUUGACUGUGUCAGCACCGCUGCAGAUUUCCUCUUUCACAACAGUGCUACAGUACAAAUUGUUGGCAAAGGAAAAUGUAACUACUUGGCACUAUUAUACCUAAGAGUAGAUUAAUUGGUUAAAAAAUAAUUAAUUAACUCUUAAUUGGGAUGACCAUUCCUAUUUAGAUACGUAGUAGUUUAGAAAGUGAAGACUUCCUAAGUUAUUUAAGAUUAAUGUCCUAUUUAUAUAAUGUUUAGGUUCUAAGGAGGAAUUGUGGAGUCAUAACAGAAUGCAUAGGGACGUCUUUUAGGAAGAAUGGGGCUGUAUUUUGACCUUAGAAAGUUUGCAUAUUAUUUCAUUUUCGUAAGGCUUAUUAACAUGAAUUGCUUUAUCAGACUUAAUGUUUGUGGAGAGGAAUGAUAUUUACCUAUCUAGCUCUCUUAUAAAAGAUAACUUGCUUAAAACCAUAUGUAUAGUAAAAUUAAAGACAAAGCUAUUUGGUUGAAUUGGGGAGAGAGAAAAACAUUAGCAUACACUUUCAUGUUGAGCUUGGGUUCUUUUUAGAUAAAGGCUGUGUGAACUCAGGCCCUACUGAAAAAAAGUGUAUCAACACAUACAUUAAAAAGUGUUGCAUGCACUCCCAAGAGACCCUGGGUGUGAAAAAACAUCCCAGACAACAGGUUAAAGACCUACAAGACAACAGGUUAGAGUCAAUUGCUGUAUCAAGGUGAGAACUUUUAAUUUAUUGCACAGAGCUCAGAUGAGCACGUUUUUAAAUUAAUGGUUUGCUAUUGUGUGACCCGACGAAGGCCGGCACAACGCUCACAUGUUUUAAACACUAUUUUGAGGGCACUGAAAUGUCAUGUUUCUGGGAUUCCUAAGGAGAGCUGUAAGAGAAUGUGUUAUCACCUAACAGUCUUAACAGCAUGGAGCAUUCGAAUAGUUUAAAAGCCUAUGCAAAACACGCAUUCAGGGAUGUUUGACUGGGUUCCCACGUUUGUAAGACAGCCCUCUUGUUCUUUGGGCACUUCACUCAGACUGACAUUUUCAUUUAGUGGUUUUACACCUGGAUUACUGUGCAAUACAGGAGAAAACCAGCUUUGUCAUGUUCACCCUGCAGGACUGCCAAGGUGCUGCCUCCUCCCCACAACCGUGUCUCCUCAGGACGUAAACACUACAAAUUAUAUGUCCUCCUAUGCUUCCCUCUGACAGGAUGAGCUUCUAGCGUUUGUCUGAGGCAGUAUACAAGGAUUUGCUAUCUGCGAUUUUAGUAUUUUGUCCACAAUUUUAAUAUUUUGGAUGCUCAUUUUGGUUACUUCACCCCCCCCCCCCACUACACCCAGUUCUCCCAGCAUAGGAGCUGCUGCUUUCUGAGCAAACGAUGAGAACAGCAUAAAAAAACGUAGACACUUAGCUUUAACAGGACAGACACGCUGUUCUCCAGCUCUCCCUUAAGCCUGCCGUCUCCUGUGCUUGCCCCUUUAAUGUGUAUCAGUGGUAUUUAUAAAAUGCGUUCUAUAAUUAUGUACUUGUACAUACUGUUGUGUAUUGUUCAGUGACGUCCUGAGGCGGGCCCUGUUGCUGUAUCUGUCCUACUUCCUAUUUGUAAUAGAAACUAUAGAAUGUAUGACUAAGAAGUCACUUUGAGAUUGACUUUUUUAAAAAGUUAUUUACCUUCUGCUGUUGAGAAGUGCAAAGCUGUGAGUGGAAAUGUUUUAUUCCGAUUUAAUAAUAUGUUAGAAAUUAGAAACCCGGUGGGAGGAGUUUUAGAUAUGCUGCUGCUGUUACCCAAGGUACUUUAGAAAUUUUUCUUUAAUAAAAAGAUCCCUUUGAUAUUUAAAGUAAAACAGUCUGUUUUUUGAAUCUAAAAAUGUAAUUUGGGUCAACAUAUUGAUAUAUUUGUAAAAGUGCCUUAGUAUAUUCCUUUGUGGAGGGCACUACCCAGUUUACUUUUAUAUUGUAUUAUGUAUGUAAGUAUUUUGUAUUAAAAUGGAAUCAAUGGCAACACUACCAUUUUAUAAAACAGUGCUUUGCUAGAAAAAAAUUACAGCUUUGCAAUAUAACAACUGUUUUUGGAUAUUUCUGAAUGUAAUAGAGCAAAUAAUCAGUCUGUUUUUAAUGAAUCCAUUUGUAUUUUCCCAAUCAUUUCUUCUAGUGUAAUAUUUGCUGGGAUAAUAAAAAAGCAAACUUCAAAUUUUUCAA